AUGGAGCAUGAUUCAAUAAGAUUGACAGCUUUAGAACAAGUGAACAAUUCAUUACAUCACCACACGAAACUGCUGGUCAAGAAAAAAGAACAGUUAGCUUCUGGCUUGAAAAUCUCUUCUGAAAGGGAUGAUGCUAGUUCAAAUGAAAAGGAUGGAAGCAGUCAUGAACGAAGUCGUCGUAUUGCCAUAGAAGACACCAUCAUAAGCAAGGGUCACAUCAGCUUUGCAGAUGUCGCUGGAUUGGAACAAGCCAAGAACACAUUGAGAGAAGCGAUUGUUUUACCACUCCAGUAUCCCCAUUUCUUUACAGGUGGCCGUAAACCUUGGAAACGAAUUCUACUUUAUGGUCCACCAGGCACAGGGAAAACACGUCUAGCACAAGCUGUUGCAUCUGAAAUUGACUCGACAUUUUAUUGUGUCUCAAGUGCUGAUCUAGUUUCUAGUUGGGUCGGAGAGAGCGAAAGAUUGAUAAAGGAACUGUUCAACCACGCGAGAAAGAGGGAUGGGAAAUCACUGAUCUUCAUCGAUGAGAUCGACAGCAUUUGCAGAAAAAGAAACCUGAGAGAGGAGGAACACACGAGGAGAAUAAAGACUGAGCUUCUGAAACAGAUGGAAGGAGUGGAUAGUUCUUUCUCUAAAGAUGAAAGAAUCUUUUUCCUCUGUGCAACAAACUGUCCGUGGGAAUUAGACACCGCGUUCUUGAGACGCUUUCAGAAACGAGUCUACAUUCCUUUACCAGACAGAGAAGCGAGGAGAGCGUUGAUAAAACUUCAUGUAAAGGAAACUGUGACAUCAUUGAGUGAAUCAGAUUGGGAGAAGCUGGCUGGUGAAACUGAAGGAUUCUCUGGAAGUGAUCUCGCCUCGUGUGUCUCUGAUGCCAUGUUUGAACCAUUACGAGAACUGCGAGAUGCACAUUUCUGGGAAAUGACAACAGAUGGACACUAUAUUCCAUCGCCCAAGAAGACAAAAGGUUCUGUUGAACUUGACAUUGGGAAAAUGUCCCCAGCGAUGGUUCAACCACGAGCAAUAUGUCUGAAAGACUUUCUUAAAGUGAUAAGCAAUAAUCACAGGACAGUUACACAAAAAGAUUUGGAGAAAUUUGAAGAAUUCACAGCCCAUAUGGGGCAAACUGGUUGACAUACUGCUCUAAAACAGGGAAAAUAUUUGCACAUCAACAUGUCUCUUUUAA